UCAGUUGGAGUACAAAGUUCUUAGGCACUUAAUGAUAAAAAACUGUUUUCUUGCUUUUUUUGAAUAUCAUAUAAUCAAGUGAUCCGCGGAUACAAAAUCAAAAUUACAUUAUUCGUCACCUGCUCAUCAAAAAUUUCGCCUUUUCGCCUUGCAAUGGAACGUCGUUGUAUAAUUUGUGGACAAACGCCAACAUCUAACUUCACCUAUCCACAUGAUUUGCAACAAGCGAUGAAAUGGCAAAAUAUGCUUGCUACCUUUGUGCCAAUAGAGAUUUUGAUGCAUAGAUGUUGUAUUUGCAACAAGCAUGUUAAUCGGAAGAAAGAGACUGUUAUAGAAACUGCUAAUCAGGAGGAACGUGCUGUGACUUUUACCGAUGCUAAUGACGUAUGUUACUUUAGAGAUCAAAGGCCAAAAAAUCAGCUCUACAAUACAGAAAUAGACAAUGUUUUUAAGUCACAAGUUUAUUAUCAAAACAAUAAUGAGUCAGUGAGAUCGACUUCUGGUAGCGACUUAAACUUUCGGUCAAAAAAACAUCUUACACACAGAAAUUCAAAUUCAAAUUUAAACUCUUAUAAAAAAGAAAAAGGAACCUUAAGUAAGAAAACUGCUAAACCAGCGUCAAGUAAUUAUGGAUGCUCUUCUUCAACGACUGCUGCAAACAAUAGGGCAAUGCAAAAGACUAAUCAUGGAGAGAACUGCGCUGUAAAUUCAUACCCUGUCUUUGCAGUAAAGCGGUCUUGCAAGCAGGUAUGCCAACAGCAAAAACAGCAUCAACAUCACCAACAACAACAGCAAAAUUGUUAUGGGCAGAGGAACAACUCGAUCCAAAACUUAAGCAAACCAAAGUCAGUCGAGAAAUGUUUUGUAUGCAAUCGUGGUUCCAGGAAUCAAUGCUGUGAAAAUGCGAGUCAAAUUAAUGCGGGCAAUAUAAAUAUGGGCAGUUCAAUGUGCAAGCCGUGUUCUUUGAUGGAAACUGGACGACGGCCACCGGUUAAUGUUUUAAUAAUGGGUGGCUCUAUGGUGCCCUCGUAUUACAAUAAUAAGGAUCUACGCAAACGGUCCUCCGAUAUUUCGCAAAUUUGUGUGCUCGAGUCGGACAUGACACGCGAGAGAGCAUUCUUUCCAGACAUCGAUGAGCCAAAUUAUUCAGUUUGUCGCCAACCUGCAGAAAAAGAUAAAAGUGGAGAGACAGAUACAACAGACGUUCUAUUGGUGGGCACAGUUCCCGAGAAGAAAUGUCCGUGUGUUAAGGCAGCUUCAAGUUCAGGUUCAACCAAAAAAUCUCCUUCACCAAAUCAUCCUCAGCAGCCAGAGAAACGGCCUUCAGUAUCAAAUAAUAAAAUAGGGGUAACACCGUUGGAUGAGCUCGAAUCGCUGUUGAGCCAGCAACAGCAGCUCCAAAAGUCAAUUCAGGCCAAAUUGAACGAAUUGCAGGCCAAGACUAACAUCGAAAAGGAGCGAGUAAAUGCGGGCAACGCAGAAUUCACUUGGCCGCCCUUCGAGAAGGUGUCACCAAAAGUACGAGUUCUUCAGUCAAUGGCCAAAUACAGCGCAAACUAUUAAGGUGGAGCAACAAAUAAUGGAUACUUGAUACCCCAUUGCCAAUAAUCGAGUAUCCCAUAUAUAUAGACAUAUACAAAACAAUUGAAACAAUAUGAAAAUCUGAC